AGUCCCAGCCACCCGCGGCGCAACAAUUUGUUUUGGUCGGGAUAGUCGUUUCCGAUUUUCCCAAUUUCCUCUGAAAAUACGGCAAAUUUUGAAAGAUUUUGUAGUGAAAAUAAGUGCUAUAUAUCCCUAGAUUGGAAGCCAGGUGAAAAUUCCAGGAAAAAUGGAAUCCAAUUCUGUCAAUGGGGGCACAAAUGUAGCCUCCCCAUAUGGUGGCAGCAAUCCCCCCAAUGUCGCCACACCACCACAAAUCCAGCCAUUGGCUGUGGCAGCCCAGGGAGCUGCAGCUGCAACGGCAGCAACAGCUGCGAGCGUCAUGACAGGAAUCCCUCCUCCAGCCACUAUGGGCUUUCCCCCCAUGGUGUCUCAGUUCAGUAUACCCCCUCCGGGAUUCACCACCUUCGCUCAAGACCCCAGUUUGGCGGCUGCGGGGAUUGUACCGUGUGAGUGGUCAGCACACAAAUCCCCGGACGGGCGUACUUACUACUACAACAGCGUCACGAAACAGAGCUCCUGGGAGAAACCGGAUGAACUCAAGACGCCAGCUGAAAAGCUCCUUUCUUCAUGCCCCUGGAAGGAGUACCAAUCGGAUCAGGGAAAAGUCUACUAUCACAAUGUCAACACGAAAGAAUCCCGCUGGGAAGCUCCUCCUGAAUAUCUAGAGAUCAAGAAUAAGAUAGCGAUUGAAGAGGCUGCAACAGCUGCUAAAGCCGUCGCAGCAAUGACAUCCUCCGGCAUGCCCAACAUUGUCCUCCCUGUGGCCACAGCAGCCAUCAUUCCACCACUUAUGUCCACUCCCCAAGUAGCCCAAACCACUACAACGGCCUCCCCGCAAGCCUCCCCUGCCCCAGAUUCUGCUUCCAAUGAGAAUUCCUCUUCAGCUCUCGAUCAAGCCAUGGCAGCCACUUUGGCGGCCAUUGAGGUACCGGAAAUGCCACCGAAAGAUUCGGAAGGUGAUGCAGGAAAGAGUUCAGACUCUGGAGAUCCUCCAAAAAUGGAAUUUAAGGAUAAAAAGGAAGCAAUUGAGGCCUUUAAGGAAUUACUAAAGGAGAAGAAUAUUGCUUCAAAUUCUUCCUGGGAUCAGUGCGUGAAGGUUAUCUCGAGGGAUCCGAGGUAUAUGUCAUUUAAGGGAUUGAAUGAGAAGAAGCAGGCCUUCAAUGCGUACAAGACGCAGAAGAUGAAGGAUGAGAGGGAGGAGAACAGAUUGAAGGCGAAGCAGGCAAAAGAGAAUCUGGAGAAGUUUUUGAUGACGUCCGAAAAAAUGAGUUCCCUGAUGAAGUACUAUAAAUGCGAUGAGAUUUUUGCGGGAAUGGAAGUGUGGAAGACAGUUCCGGAACAGGAUCGGAGGGAUAUCUAUGAGGAUUGUGUAUUUAAUCUGGCCAAGAGGGAAAAGGAGGAGGCUAGAGUUAUGAAGAAGAGGAAUAUGCGAGUUCUUGGAGAUUUGCUUCAAUCUAUGACAUCUAUCACUUAUCAGACAACCUGGUCAGAGGCUCAAGUGCUACUCCUGGAGAAUUCUGCUUUCAAGACGGACGUUAAUCUUCUAGGAAUGGACAAGGAGGACGCUUUGAUUGUCUUUGAGGAGCAUAUUCGGAGCCUUGAGAAGGAAUAUGAGGAGGAAAAAGAAUUGGAGAAAAAGCGAAUGCGUCGACUGGCCAGGAAGAAUAGAGAUGCCUUCCUGGCCCUUCUAGAUUCCCUGCAUGAGGAAGGGAAGCUCACUUCCAUGUCCCUGAUGGUUGAACUGUAUCCCAUCAUUUCCUCUGAUCUUAGAUUCUCAGCCAUGCUCGGGCAAUCCGGAUCGACUCCUCUGGAUCUCUUCAAGUUCUACGUGGAAGAUCUCAAAGCUCGUUUCCAUGAUGAAAAGAAGAUCAUCAAGGAGAUUCUCAAGGAGAAGGGCUUCCAAGUGCAAGCGGACACGACUUUUGAGGACUUUGCAACGGUUGUCUGCGAGGACAAGAGAUCAGCAACUCUUGAUGCCGGAAACGUCAAACUGACGUACAAUUCGCUCCUGGAAAAGGCUGAAGCGGCCGAAAAGGAACGUCUGAAGGAGGAAAAUCGACGAAUCAAAAAGAUGGAGAAUGAGUUGAAGACAGUUUGGUUGGAAGCUGGAUUGACGGGUCAGGAUUCAUGGGAGAGUGCCAGGCAGCUUGUGAUGGAGCUAGAAGUGUUCAGUGCUUAUGAAUCCGAGGAAAAGGUGGAGAAAGUCUGGCAGGACUUUAUUAAGGAUUGCGAGGACAGUUGCACUCAUCAUCAUUCCCGCUCCAGAAAGUCCAAGAAGAAUAAGAAAUACAAGAAGCGCUCGAGAUCUUCCACGAGAUCAGAAUCAGAGGAAUCUGAAGUGGAGUAUGAGAAGGUUAAGAAGAAGCGACAGAAGUCGGUGUCUCCAUCCGUUAGCUCUUCAAGUUCUGAGAGCUCGGAGAGUGUGGAAAAGAAGAAGCGCAAGAAGAAGAAGCACAGGAAAGUUCCUGAAUCGCCACCUUACGUUUCUCCUGAGAGACAUCGGCAAUCUUCUAUUACUCCUCCGCUGAGUCCAGUUGUGGAAGUUGUCAAGAAGAAGAAGAAAGAGAAGAAGCGACGCCGAAAGUCUCCUUCUGAGAGUCCGGAGAGCGAUAUUUCCGACAGAGGAUCCAUCUCACCGUCGAAGAUUGAUGAUCCUGGACUCAGUGAAUCGGAAUUGGAGUCCCAGCGAGCUGCUCUCCUGGCACAGCUGAAUGAAUCAGUAGAUGAUUAAUCUGACCAGCAUUUAUUCUCAAAAUUAUAAAUUACAGACUUUCAAUAGAAAAAAAAGAAUUUUAGUG